AUGCUUAAAUUUUAGGGUCAAUACCACUACCAACCAAAUUCCGCAUCCACGGUUAGGGCCAUAAACUGAGAGAGGGCACAAAAAGAACGAAAAAGAAAGGGUUCGGAUACCUUCUUUACCUGUCAUCCCUUUGCAACCUAACAAUCAAUCCUCAAAACUUGUCAACAAAAACUCGAUUUUCUUUUUUCUUUUUUCCCCAUAUGAACAAUGGAAGCUACGUCUGUCCCAAAAUCAGAGCAGCAGCUAAACCCACCACAGCAGUAUCAAGAACAAUCAACACAACAACAACAACAACAACAACAGCAGCAGCAACAACAACAAGCCCCUCUACAAUACCCACAACAGCAAUAUCAAGAUUAUCAUUACUAUCAAACCUAUGACCAGUCUUCUUAUUAUUACUCAUAUUAUCAACAGUACCCUUAUCAAAAUCAAUGGCAACAGGAUCAUCAUCAACAACAACCCCCAAAUUACGUUUAUUAUCAUCAACAACAACCUGAUUACUCUGCUACUGCAUAUCUGCAACCCGUAUGUUAUCAACAUGACUCUGCUCCUCCUGGGGUUUCAGUCCCACAAAUUGCCGAUUCUGGUGGGACCCACCACCACCAGCUGCGGCAACAGCUACAGCCACAGAGCUCUUAUAAUCCGCCGCAGGCUUCGGUAAAUGCUGCCGUCGUGCCGCCUGGGAAUGGGAUGAAUCCAGCGGCUGCUGCAGCGAUUGCGGCCCUUGAGCAGUUGACGCAGUUCGCUGGGACUAUGGACGCGGCGGAGAGGGCAAUGGGUGGGUUGCCGCCGGUGAACACUCCAGGAUUUGAACUUGUGUCGAUGCGCCCUUCGGAUAGUCAACAUCCACGCAGGGGGGAUGGUAGAAGAGAUGGGGGGCCAAUUCGAGGAGGUGGCCGGGGAAAUAUUGGCCCCCCCCAUGGCUCUGCCCCUCCUCUUCGUGGAAGAGGACAUGGCAAAGGUAAGGCCCAUUCUAGACGCUACAAGCCACAUGGUGCGGCAUCAACAUCUUCCUAUCCAGAACCUUCUGCAGCCAACGAAGAUCCAGCUGCUGUAGCUGUUGAGGCAGCUCAAUCUGCUCCAGCACCAGAAAAGUUAGCACCUAAGCAUCAACCUGCACAGAUUGCAUGGUGCGAACUUUGUAGGGUAGAUUGCACCAGUGUGGAAGUGCUUGAGCAGCACAAGAAUGGCAAGAGGCAUAAAAAGAAUUUGCUCAGGAUUGAAGAGCUAAAAAAAGCUGUCAAGUUCGGGGAAGAAAUAAAGAAUGAUCAGGAAACUAUAAUUAAUACCAAGCCAGAAGACUAUCAGGAGCCUCAGGUUGCACAGGAUGGUGAAGAGCAGAAGACAGCAGAAAACUUGACUGUUGAAGCUACCAAUGAUGAACAUAUAAUGGUGAGAGAUCUGCAAGAUAAUACAGGCGAAAAAUCUGAAGUUCCAGUGGAGGAGUUGUCUGAUCAGCAAGGAAUGAAGCCUAAGAUGAAUUUGUUUGAUAAUAGGAGACGUGGAAUGAAACGCAAAAUAAAGGGUGGUCGGGGUGGGAAACGCAUGAAGACUUCCGAAACUCAUAGACGACCAGUUGAACCACCCAAACCAAAAGUGGUAGUUCCCCUAAUCUGUGAUUUAUGCAAUGUCAAAUGUGAUACACGGGAGGUUCUUGACCGCCAUCUUUCUGGUAAAAAGCACAUUGCUAAACUUAAACGAUUUGAAGGUCAUCAGGCUAUUUAUGGGCCAACUGGACUUCAAGCCCUCUACCCCCCCAAUCCAGUUGCACAAACUCAUCUCGUCUCUCAAGGUCCUCAACCUUUCUACGCUCCCCAGGGUUCAUUUCUCCCCCGGUUUCCUUCACAAGCUCAUCAAUCUACAGCAGGUGUAGGUUUGGAUCCUCAAUUCUCACAAAGCUCCAUGCCGCAACAAUCAAAAGCGCCUUCAACUGCGAAUCCUGAACCACCUGUCUUGAGGCUGUAAUGACAAGUGAGAUCCUCCUCUGAUUAGAGCAGCAUAGCUGAAAACGAGUGGGUUUAUAUCCUCUGACCAACAGGUUGGCUGCCAUUUUCCUUCUUUUGGGUACUCUAGUGACGUUGUAAUGUAUUAAGCGAUGAGCUUGGUUACAUGGCUGAUAGAUAUCUCAGCAAUGUUAAAGAUAAUUUUGAUUAAAGCUCUUUUGCUUUUAGUGGAAAUCAGGUUGGAGGAUACAUUGAUAUUAUUAACUACAGUAAUCAAUUCUAGCUGCUUGUAGCAAA